CGGCCCCAGGGCUCUGGGCCCUAAUUUUGGGGUGUUUUCUCCUCGGCUGAUGGAGCCUCGGGCGCAGUGUGGCCUUAUAGGCAUCUGCAUCCCUCCUUGCACAUUCCGCUGGAGUUUGGCGGCCGGGUCAUUAGGAACUAGGAAGUGUCAGGGCUCUUGGCCCCUGUUACGAUGGAUGAAGAUGAUUCCCGCAUCUGCCGGAGGGUAGCUGUUCGCAAAAGGGUCCGUCCAAGCAUUCGUGUCACCCUUACGGAUGCUGAGCUCCAGCGGAGCAAUGAGGAAGAGGAGGAAGAGAAGGAGGAGGAGGAGGUGGCCGAGUGCCGGAGGCGGAAAACCGUGGGUGUGCAACCGGUCGAGUAUGACAGCGAAGAGGACAUGUUUGGUGACUAUGAUAGCUUUGCUGAAAACUCCCUUUUAGCUCAAGUUGAUGACCUGGAACAGAAAUACAUGCAACUUCCCGAACAUACAAAACAGACUACUGACUUUGCCACUGAAGAUCUUUCUUCAGAAAUAAAUGAAAAUGAACUCAGCAUUCCCACUGUGGGCAGCUUUACUGAAUUAAACACAGAAGAGCACACGAAGGAACAGAGUGCACCUGAAGAGGUCCGUGUUGAACAUGGGACUGAUAUUUCAUAUGAUGUGCCUUCCUCACAGGUUUUGUACUUUGAAAAUUUACAGAACUCUUCAAAUGGGUCAGGGGGUCAGUCUAAUAAAGAAAGGGAUCUGAACUCAUCUUCUUACGGGACUAGGACCGAGCAGUUGGCCCUUGAUCACAUAGAGCACCCCCAGCGAAAUGAUGCGUUCUCGCCUAAAGUCAGAACAAGUUCAGAUACGAACAGGAGGAGAAGUGUUAGAGAUCAUCUAAAAAGUGCCAUGACUGGAAAUGCCAAGGCUCAAACGCCGGUGUUUUCUAGGAGUAAACAGCUGAAAGAGACUCUCCUAUCUGAAGAAAUGAACGUUGCUAAGAAAGCCAUUGAGGCCUCAUUGGAUGACGUUGGUCCUUUCUAUUCAUUGCCCAGCAAAGUCAGAGACCUCUAUGCUCAGUUCAAAGGAAUUGAAAAAUUAUAUGAAUGGCAACAUACUUGCUUAACACUGAAUUCUGUGCAAGAGAGAAAAAAUUUAAUAUACUCGUUGCCAACAAGUGGUGGAAAAACCCUGGUGGCCGAGAUUCUAAUGCUGCAAGAACUGCUCUGCAGGCGGAACGAUGUUUUAAUGAUCCUCCCCUAUGUGGCAAUUGUCCAAGAAAAGAUAACAGGCCUUUCAAGUUUUGGUAUAGAACUUGGUUUCUUUGUUGAAGAAUAUGCUGGAAGCAAAGGAAGGUUUCCUCCAAUUAAAAGAAGGGAGAAGAAAUCGCUCUAUGUUGCCACUAUCGAAAAGGCACACAGCCUGGUGAACUCCCUGAUUGAAACCGGGAGAAUUAGCAGUCUGGGGCUGGUGGUUGUUGAUGAGCUGCACAUGAUUGGUGAAGGAAGCCGUGGGGCUACAUUGGAAAUGACCCUAGCAAAAAUCCUCUACACUAGCAAAACAACUCAAAUCAUUGGUAUGAGUGCAACACUAAACAAUGUUGAAGACCUACAAGAGUUUCUUCAAGCGGAAUAUUACACCAAUCAGUUUAGACCAGUUGAAUUAAAAGAAUAUCUGAAACUGAAUGACAGCAUAUAUGAGGUUGACAGCAAGGCUGAGAAAGGCAUGACUUUUUCCCGUCUCCUUAAUUACAAGUACUCUGACACCCUGAAAAAGAUGGAUCCCGAUCACUUAGUGGCAUUGGUGACAGAAGUGAUUCCUAAAUAUUCCUGCUUAGUCUUCUGCCCCACAAAGAAGAACUGUGAAAACGUAGCAGAAAUGAUAUGCAAAUUUUUAAGCAAGGAAUAUCUGAAGCACAAGGAGAAAGAAAAAGAAGAUGUGAUUGAGAACUUGAAGAAUAUGAGCAGUGGCAAACUGUGUCCGGUUUUGAAGCGCACGGUCCCUUUUGGCGUGGCCUACCACCACAGUGGCUUGACCAGCGAGGAGAGGAGGCUGCUGGAGGAGGCCUAUUCCUCAGGCGUCCUCUGUCUGUUUACCUGCACGUCCACCCUGGCGGCCGGGGUCAACCUGCCGGCCCGAAGAGUUAUUUUAAGAGCUCCCUAUGUUGCUAAGGAAUUUCUAAAGAGAAAUCAAUAUAAGCAGAUGAUUGGAAGAGCUGGCCGUGCUGGGAUAGAUACUGUUGGAGAGAGUAUCCUUAUCUUUCAAGAAAAAGAUAAGCAACAGGUGUUGGAGUUAAUAAACAGACCCCUGGAAAACUGUUACAGCCAUCUUGUUCAGGAAUUCACAAAAGGAAUACAAACUUUGUUUCUGUCUUUGAUUGGCUUGAAGAUUGCAACAAACCUUGGUGACAUCCAUGACUUUAUGAAUGGUACAUUUUUUGGCGUUCAGCAGAAUGUUUUAUUGAAAGACAAGAGUCUCUGGGAAAUAACUGUGGAGUCCCUGAGCUAUCUGACAGAAAAAGGACUCCUGCAGAAAGAAAUGGUCCCAGGGUCAGAAGAAGAGCACCAGUGUAACUUUCAUAUUACGAAACUUGGACGAGCAUCUUUUAAGGGAACUAUAGAUUUAGCUUACUGUGACAUUCUCUACCGAGACUUGAAGAAAGGUCUUGAAGGUCUUGUACUGGAAAGCUUUCUUCAUCUCAUCUACCUAACAACUCCCUACGAUCUGGUUCCCCAGUGUGACCCAGACUGGAUGGUGUACUUCAGGCAGUUUAACCAACUCAGUCCAGCAGAGCAAAAUGUAGCUUCUCGUCUUGGAAUCUCUGAGAGCUUUAUUGGGAAGAAAGCAUCAGGUCAAGCCAUCAAAAAGAAAGUGGACAAGGACAUUGUCAACCGACUCUACUUGUCUUUUGUUCUUUAUGCCCUGCUCAAAGAGACAAACAUUUGGAGUGUGGCUGAAAAAUUUAACAUGCCUCGAGGAUACAUACAGAAUCUUCUUACUGGAGCUGCGUCAUUCUCAUCUUGUGUGUUGCAUUUCUGUGAGGAACUGGAAGAGUUUUGGGUGUAUAGAGCACUGCUGGUGGAGCUCACCAAGAAGCUGACAUACUGUGUGAAGGCAGAGCUGAUCCCUCUCAUGGAAGUGACAGGCGUGCUGGAGGGCCGAGCAAAACAAUUGUACAAAGCUGGCUACAAAAGCCUGACACACUUAGCCAAUGCAGAUCCAGAAGUGCUAAUCAGAACAGUUGACCACUUAUCAAGACGCCAGGCCAAGCAAAUCAUUUCCUCUGCAAAGAUGCUGCUGCAUGAGAAGGCAGAGGCUUUGCAGCAAGAAGUGGACGAGUUGCUGCGACUGCCUCCCGACUUCCCUGGCCCCGUGGACACCCCCACGGAGAAGGCGUGGAGCUAGCCGACGACUUCCAGUUCAUAUUAUUUAUUUCCCAUAUGUUUUAUUAAAGAUUUCUUAUACUUUAUAAAUAAAAAUAUAUGGUGUAUAAUUUUAUUUAUACAUUAAGAACUGUGGGUGACACUUAGAUAUAUCUCUCCCUCAUAAUUGAAGUAUCUUUCUCAGAUGAUUCCUCUUACUGAUGUUAUGCAACCGUUUAUCUGAUCAAAAAUCUGUGGUGUCUACCACAAAAUGAAAUUCAAUUUUUUUCAGUGUAACUCCAGCCUACCUUUGUAGCCAGGUCUGUCAUUAUGCUCUAG